CAAAAUCCUAUUAUUUCCAAAUCUAUACUCAACCAUUGCCAGGAAGCUAAAGUAAAGGCGGGGCGAUUUUAUAUAUACAGUAAGAAGUGAAAUGGAAAUCUUACUCUUAUCCAUUCCAGACCUGGCAACAGAUUGCUGUUCCCUGUGGACAAAUUACAGUGAGGUACUAGUUUCACCAUGAACAGUCUUGUUGAAGCAAACACCAACUUUGCUGUGGACCUCUUAAAAUGGAUGGAGAAAAAGCAUUCCACGGAAAACAUCUUUUUCUCUCCAUUUAAUAUCACAGCAGCUUUGUCCAUGGUCCAUCUUGGCAGCAGAGGUAACACUGCUGAUGAAAUGGGAAAGGUCCUUCACUUUGACAAAAUCACAGGAUCUCAGAGCUCUACAGACUUGCUUUCUUCCCCAGCCCAGUGUGACAAACCUGGCGGACCUCACAACCAGUUCAAGGAACUCCUAGCAGCCAUCAACCAGCCUACCAACAACUAUACGCUGAGCACAGCCAACCGUCUGUAUGGAUCAAACAUUUAUGAAUUCCGCCAGCAAUACUUACAGUGCUCCAAAGAUUUAUACCAUGCAGAACUGGAAAGAGUUGACUUUGUGAAUGCAGCUGAGGCCGUUAGAAAGCAAAUUAAUUCCUGGGUUGAAAGUCAAACCAAUGGUAAAAUCACGGAUCUGUUUCCUGAGGGCUCAAUUACCAGAGCAACUGUCUUGACCUUAGUAGCUGCUAUAUACUUCAAAGGAAAGUGGAAGACGGAAUUUGACCCAAGCAAUACCCACGAAGCAGACUUCUGGAUUACCAAGGACCGGAGCAAAAAAGUGCAAAUGAUGUCUCAAAGGGGCAAAUUUAACUUAGCUAGAAUAGCAAAUCCUGCAAUGCGAGUGCUUGAGUUUCCCUACGAUAAGGAAGGCCUCAGUAUGUUCAUCCUCCUGCCAGACCACAAGGGAGCUACGGAUGAGAUUGUGAGGCAACUCACUUCUGCAAAACUUCAAGAAUGGACCAGUUCAACAAGUAUGGAAAACACAGAGAUGAGAGUUUUCCUGCCAAAAUUCAAGAUGGAAGCAGCAUAUCCACUCAUUUCAAUUUUGAGAGAGAUGGGAAUGAAUGAUGUGUUUAUUUCAGGGAAAGCUGAUUUAUCUGGCAUGUCUGAGAACAAUGACCUGGUUGUAUCUGAGGUUCUUCAUAAAUCCUAUAUUGAAGUGAAUGAAGAAGGUACAGAAGCAGCUGCUGCCACUGGGGCAGUUGUAGCUGUUACUAGUGCACCAAUUAUUCCUGAGUUUAAAGUGGAUUCCCCUGUAAUUUUCUUAAUAAGGCAUAAUCCCACCAAGAGCAUUCUUUUUGUCGGCAAGGUUUCCUCGCCAUAAACAAGAGGUGCUGCAACAUUAAAAAAAUACAUUUCCAUCUGUUGGGAGCAACAAAAACUUCUUUAUUCCAAAUUCCAUUUUCUACUUGGCUAACAUCUUCUAUAUUUCCUCUUUUAAGAAAAAGCAAAUCGUGAAGUACAGCUUUUAUUUGUUUACUGAGGUAAAGUCCCUUUACAUUGGCACGUGUGUGGAAUCCAAAGAAUACUUUAUACAGCAGACUGUUCUGGAAGUGUGCAUUCCUCAUGAAACAGGGCCCUUAAGUAUAUGGGGCUUGAUGCACAGGGAGCAAAGGAAAUGGGGAGGAGUGGUUAGAGACUCCUAAAACCAACUCCCACAAAAUAAGCCUGAAGCAGAGAACCUUAGAAUCUCUUUGAAAGAGAAAAUGUGUAUUUAUUUUUUUUUCAAAAAAAUAGAAAUAUCCCACAUGAGGUUUGAAGUCACAUAAAGCAUAAUAAUGUCCCAAUCAUUAAUUAGCUAACAUGGAUAGAUGUAUAACAGACCUGCAAUGGAUAAAUGUGAGAUAUAUGUUGUGUUAAAUAAAAACAGAAGAAACCAAUGAUGAUGAGUUCAAUAUAACCCAUUACUAAUAUUGCUGUUGUUUCUGGAUGUAUUCACUGUAACUUCAGUGGUUGAUGUACUUAAGGUGCUUCCUGAUUUCUGAUUAUGAAAUUUAAACUUGAGUAGACAAUAAGCUGCUUUGUCAUCCAUUCAUAACUAUAAAUCGGUGGAGAGACCUUUUGGUUUGCAUGUCACUUAGGGCGACUACGGAUGUUUUGACUUAGCUUUAUAAUGACUGUGUUCUCUGUCUCUAGGCUAAAGCUUUUUUGUGACCUCUUGAGUAUAACAUUCCAACUUACCGAAAUAGAAUUACAGCAAUAACCUUUGAAUAAAUGUAUGCAUUAAAAAGACUCAGGUUUGUAUUUAUCGUAUUUACUGUGCAAGAAAAUCCAACAGAUCAGCCACUAGAUCCAGAAUAAGAAACUUCUGCUCCUCUAAAAAACAAGUACUCCCCCUCCGCCUCCUACCAAUCCAGGUCCUGCCUCUUUCUCCCUUACUCUUGCCCCAAAUGGUCAUUACUGCCUUCAGCAUCGAAGGUUUGGCUAAAACUGCACCAGAUCAAGAAUAAGGAACCAAUGCGAGAUUGUUAUAUGCAGAGAAAUGGAAAGAUUCUGGAAUACCCACAAUGGAGGAAUGGCUGGUAAAGGUGAC